CUCCACCAUUAUUCUCGCUUGAUUAACUCCACUGGUUAUUGGCCCUCAUAGCGAGCCCUUUCGUUUUGCCUUCUCUUUCCUACAGAUAGCCACCCUGCACUUUCCUUCAAUAUGCCAAGGGCUACAUCGGAGCGUUUUGUGCGCGCCCACCAACCCUCUGCCAAGUCUUCAAAAAAUGCCAGUUCAGCAAACGAUGCAGGCGGAGGGAAUAGCGGUACACGGAACCCUCUCUUCAACACCGAAAGAUUUGGCCAGCACAUAUUGAAGAACCCUCAGAUCGCCACUACAAUUGUUGAAAAGGCAAAUCUUCGCCCAACAGACCGUGUGCUUGAGGUCGGUCCAGGCACUGGAAACCUGACUGUGCGCAUCCUUGAGAAGGCAAAACACUGUACGGCCGUAGAAAUGGAUCCACGCAUGGCUGCCGAGGUCACUAAGCGUGUGCAAGGAACACCCGAACAACGCAAGCUUGAGAUCAUUAUUGGCGACUUUGUCAAAGCUACCCUCCCCUAUUUCGACGUCUGUAUCUCCAACACCCCAUACCAAAUCUCGUCGCCGCUCGUCUUCCGCCUUCUCUCCCAUCGCCCCAUCUUCCGCUGUGCCAUUUUAAUGUUUCAACGUGAAUUUGCGCUUCGACUCAUUGCUCGACCAGACACCGAACUGUGGUCACGUCUGGGUGCCAACGUCCAGCUGUAUGCGAAGGUCGACCUCAUAAUGCACGUCGGAAAAAACAACUUCCGCCCGGCACCUCUAGUCGAGUCAAGUGUCAUUAGACUUGUCCCCCGGGAUCCGCCACCACCUGUCCGGUUCGAAGAGUUCGAUGGUCUAGGAAGAAUCGUUUUCUCCCGCAGAAAUAAGACAAUUCAUGCAUCGUUCCUGGCGCGGGGCGUCAUUGAUAUGAUGGAGAAGAAUUGGCGGACGUGGUGCUCGGAGCAGGGUCGCAUGGUUGAAGACAAUGCCGACAUGAAAAAGAAAGUCGAGGAAAUUCUCACUGCGACAGGCUACGGAGAACAGCGAGCCGCAAAGAUGUCCAUCGAUGACCUGUUGAAGCUGUUGUCAGCGUUCCACGAUGAAGGCAUACAUUUUGCUUGAUCUACGACUCUUCUACAAUCUACAUUAGAUAUUCUCGGCUAUCGCUAAGGCUCCACCCUGUCCGUUUCACCAAACAAAACGGCUUCGCAACAUGCAACAAGGCCAAGGAUACCCCUUGUGAUGAAACUGUCGGAAGUUAGCAUUAGGGGCUCCUCCUGUAUCUCAUUGUUGCUCUUCGUGCUUCUCCGUGGCUUAAGCGUUGUACGUCUAUCCUAUUUGUCAUAACACGUUAGGGUGAGCACGGUAUCACUUUUGUUUGCACAAACGAACCGUGUAGAUUAGUACAUCAUUGUGUGUGCAUCAGGCGGCAUACAUACACCAUCGGAAAUAUCCGACUGUCAC